CCCCCCCUCCAGUCCAAGCGCCAUGUUCAAGAAGAAGCCUACGAUCAAAAAUUUAUCUCCUCUGCGAAGCUCCGAUCGCCGCAAAAUAGCCGACCAGAUCAUCAGCGACUAUAACAUCAAAAUCCCAGCAGCAGCACCGGCGGAACCCAGCAGCGAAGACCCCGCCACACCGAACCCUACGCCCGCCACCACCAGUCCGAACCUCACCUCCAUCCGCAAUGCUUUGCUGCCGGAAAACUCCCUCUCGGCCCGGUUUGCAACGACUGUAGGGCCACAGCUGCGAGAAGUCCAGGGAACGGUCUAUGUGGGCACACACGCAGAGGGAGACGAGCGCAUCCUAUGGUUUAAACUCGAGCAUGGACCCGGUGCAGAUGGACGCUUGUAUCCGACGGUCUAUACACUGUGGCAUAACCCGCACCUAUUGCCGCUGCUGUACACCCCCGAGAUGGUCAUGGGGAAACUCCGCGGGGGUGCGGAUUUGAUGACUCCCGGCCUGGCUAACGAGCCGCCCUUUCCGGACCGGGCGGUGCGGGGUGCUGUCGCGGCUGUGUCCAGCUUAGACAGACCAACAGUGCCGCUCUUUGUAGGCAUUUGUGAGAUCGAAGUGGCUGCGCUGGGUGACGUGCAGGGAACAAAGGGGCAUGCCGUUCGAGGCGUACACUGGGAGGGAGACGAGCUUUGGGCAUGGAGCUCGUCAUCUCGGCCUGGUCGACCGGCUCCGGAAUACCUACAAGGCUGGGAAGAGGAGGUGGAAGAGGUCGGCCAAGCUGUCGGCGAGAUGACGUUGGAAGAAACGACAGAGCAGCCGCUGGAGGACCUCGUGCUGGAAGAUGAAGUAUCAGAGGAGCAGGUGGAAACGGUGGAAGAGAUUCAGGAGCCUUCUACAAAGGAUAUCGAUGAUGCUUUUGUCAAAGCGUUUCUCUAUGCGCUAUACAAGCUCAAGCAAGAUAAUCCGUCUUCUCCGAACCAUGGACUGUCUCUUCCUGUGCAACCGUCCGCUCUGAUCUCCAGUCUCAUCACUCCCUACCUGCCCGUGUUCUCGCCCCAGCAAGCUACAUUCUACCAGAUCAAGAAGACAAGCUGGAAGAACGUGAAGAAGUUCAUCAAAUACCUCGACAAAGAACGGCUGGUGAAAUCCAAAGACCGCAACGGCCAAGAAACAGUCAUCCUGGAUGUUGACUUCCAUGACCCCCGAGUCGAGGGCUUUGUCCCGUACCGGCUCCCCUCGCAGAACGCAGUCCAGAAUGCAGGGAAAACAGUGCCUUCUGCUGCCGCUGCCGCCGCUGCCCCUACUGACAGCGACCCUUCCGUUGGACAAACGAUCACCGUCCAAAGCCUGUACAAGCCCACCGCUCGACUAGUGCCAACGCUAUUCCCGGCUUUAUCCAGCGGCGACCCGAACAAUUACUACAAAUACUCAGACGUCUCAAACCGGCUAGACCAGUACAUUUCCUCACAGGACCCGCCGCUGAUCUCGCCCGACAACCGACGCAUCAUCUCUCUCAACCAGUUUCUGGCCAACAGCGUGUUCACCUCGUCCUCAGCCGACGACAAAGGCACCCUUGCGCGCGGCAAAGUAACGCGAGACGGCCUCCUGAAGCGGAUCACCGAAGACACCACUCUCCUAGCGCCGCACUACGUCAUCCUCAAGACCGGCCAGACCCUCCGGGACGUCAAACCGAAAGCCGGACAAGCGCCCAAAGCGACCGUGACGCUCGAGCGGCGCACGGGCUCCAAGACAGUCACGAAAGUCACAGGGCUGGAGAUCUUCGGUAUCAUCCCCACCUUACUGGCGGAGGAGCUGCAGAAGAAAUGCGCGAGCAGCACGAGCGUGGCGCAGGCGACGGGCCAGGCGCGCGGCGUGAUGGAGGUGCUUGUGCAGGGGGACCAGCGGCGGGCCAUUGAGUCGGCGUUGGUGAGACGGGGGGUAAAAGGGCAGUGGAUUGAUGUCGUUGACAAGACGAAGAAGAAGAAAUAAAGUAUCUUUAUUGAAUACUACAUCUACAUCCACUUCUACAUAUGAUACAGAUCUAGG